AUGGGAACUGUAUCCGGUGCAGGGCGUAUGAUCGCCUUCCUGGCGUUCCUCUUGCUAGGCUCCGCCUUUGUGCUCGAGCUUAUCAAUUCGGUCUCUGUGCCUUAUAUUGAAUCGCUGUACUUUUUGAAUCUCAAAGUCAAGACUGGAGAUCUCAAUGCCAACAUCGGUAUCUGGGGUUGGUGUGCGUCUAGCGGCGGCCAGGCAUGGCAGUGCAAGUACAAGGGCCUUGACAGCUAUAACAAUUUUAUUGAUCCAAGGGUCAUCCAACAAACCAACAAGAGUGACUUCUUUUAUGGCAAUAGCAUCACGCGUGCCCUCGUUCUCCAGCCCAUUGCGGCUGGAUUCACGGGUCUGGCCGCAGGUGCUGCCUUGCUGGGCUUCUGCGUGAGCACAUUCGCAUGGGUCCUCUUGGCCAUCCUGGCCUGCUUGCUAACGAUCGCCGCCACGGUGUUGGAGCUAGUGUUUUUCAUCCACGCACGCGAUGCUCUCACCAAAUACUAUAGCAAGGUGGCCAAUACUGGCGAGUUCAGUGCAAAUCUUGGCAACGCCAUGUGGGUCCAGGUCGCGGCCCUCGCCGCGGCGGUGGUGGGGACAUUGCUCAUGAUAUUGGCGUACACGCUCAACCGCACAUCAGUGUCAGAGCGGCCCCAUGAGCCGACCCCACUGCCUAUGUCGAACAAGCGCGACGACAGCGUGUAUGCUGCGCCAGUGACAGACUCGUACGGCGCGUAUUCGCACCCACAAUAUGGCUACACGCCGCCCUCUGCUGCCGUGGAGACGUCGGGAGCUGGACGGGCAUACGAUCCGAACCAGCCGUACGAAACAGGUGUUACGCCAUACCCCAACAGGUACUCACAGGUGUACAAUGCCAAAGAGGCAGGAAGCCGUCCGAUCGAGCGCACCAAGAAAGACGAGCGUCGUCACAGUCGUCAUCACAACAAGCGGCACGGCAAGCACCGCAGUCACAGUCACAGCCAGCCACGCGAUCAGUACUUUGCCAACCGUGGAUCGCACAGUCGCCGCCACAGCCGGCAUACCAGCCGUGGUCAUGGCCAUAUGUACGAUGACGAAUUUUAUGACAACAAGGACGAUGUUGUGCCGCGGCAUAGCUACGAGUAUGAAUACGACUUUGAUGCCUUCCCGGCGCGACGUAUGAGCUUUGAAUAUGGCAACAACUCGCAUGUGCGUCAACGCAGUAUGGGCGGCUACAGCCGCCCCCAUUCACAAGCGGCGCUAGCUCGCUCAAGUUCGCGUGCGUCGCGAUUGUACCCGGCCGACUCGGGUGAAGUGAACUACGAUACAUUGCCGCGACGAACGGCCAAUGAUCAAGCACGCUGGCAACGUCACAGUCACCGAUUCAGCUACUAA